CAAUAAACUAAAAAUGUCUCGCAACAACACCACCUACGAAUGAAGCGAAACUCCUUUGCAUGCUUCAAUAGUUUCUCCGUUUGACAGACUAAACACCUACUUUUCUUCGCCAAUAUUAUAUUCUGCAUCCCACUGGUACCGUACCAUUUGCGCCACUUGCAACUACAGAACUGACUUCUCUCGGCGAGUUCCACAAUUUAAGCAUAUAUUUCCAAGGUCAUCCCAUCUACAUCUCAAGGUCGUUCACUCCUACAAGGUAACACCCACUCAAGGUCGAGAGUGAUCGAGGUCAUAUAUGUUCAAGGUCACACCCCAAGGUCACUCGGAAACUCAAGUUCACUCGAAAACUCAAGGUCACAGUUCAAGGUCACUCGAAAAACUCAAGGUCACACUUCAAUGUCACUCAGAAACUCAAGGUCACACUUCAAGGUCACUCGAAAAACUCAAUGUCACACUUCAAGGUCACUCGGAAACUCAAGGUCACGUUUCAAGGUUACAUUUCAAGGUUGGCACCGAAGGUCAGCUCUCAAGGUCGUUUGGCACCGAAGGUCGGCACUCAAGGGCGUCCCAGAACAUACAAACAAUAUCUACUGACACUUCUUCCUGGUACAAUAUCUAA